AUGUUUGGAUGUAUUUUGCAUUUUUUAUGGGUUGAUGGAUGUAUUGAUAUAAAAAUGUGAAUGUGCUUUAGCAUGAAUUAAUAUAAAGUUAAAUAUAUGCCAUAAAAUAAAUUGGUUACCAAACAUGUCUUCUGUUUUAGUUUUUAAAUUUCUUAAAACAACAACUGCAUCCAAACAUGCUUCCUAUUUCAACUUUUAACCACAGAACAAAAUAAAAGCUAAUUCUAUUUUUUUUUUUAAAAACAUGAAAACGAAAACAUUACCAAACGCAACCUUAGUUUUUAAUGAUCUUCUUAGAGGUGUUCUUUGAUUUGUUAUAGUGCAAUUAGAGAUUAUUCUUGCAUAGUGUUGUUUUUCAAACCCGGUAAAGCUGUAGUUUUAGUAUUAUAAGUUGAUGGAGCUUGCCAUUUUACACUUCAAUAAGAUUCAGGUUAUGUGGAUGGUAUGAGUAGCACUUAAAACAAGAUUAUUCUAUGCAGUUUGGCCACUGAUAGCAUAAAAUGGAUACAUAACUAACAUUUGACAUUAUUAGCUGCCUUUGUGUUUGAACUCACAACUGUGCUCUUUAUCCUUACACUGUACAAUGAACUGGAUGUUAUCUGUAGCAUUUAAUACAGAAAUAGUGAGUCUAUGAUGUAAGCGAUUUAUAACAUUUGAGUUUAGCUAGUUGUGUGCUGAAAUUAGGAGUUAUGUGCAGUGAAGUGCUUUUAAUCUGGUUGACAAAUGGUUAAUAGGAUACUGUUGCAAAAACAGUUCGCUGUUUUCACUUUGUUCCAUUGUUUUGCUAUGAUGAUUUUUUAAGGUGUUAUAUGCCCAUGCCCUUAUGGUGAAUAGUUAUGAUUAUCUUAUCCACUGCCAUUGUGUUGUGCUGCAGCUCAAGCUUCUACAAUUAUUGCUAAAUCAUGGUAAACGUCAUCAAAGGAUUAUUAAUUUCAUGUGACAUACCCAUGGCGCAAUUCAUCAUCAACUUGAAUGCUUCAUUGCCCCAAUCCCAGAAGUUCAUAAUAUAUGUCUUGGAUAGUACUCAUAUAUUUGUAAGAUCCGAUGUUGCUGGAACGAUACGAGAAGCCAUUAAGGAGUUCCGAGAUCAGAAUACCUAUGAGAAGCCCGCUUGAUUCUGAUCAUUGACAGAAUCAAGUUUGGUUUUACCUUUCUUUCGUUCCCAGUUUAUGAUUGCUACGUUUGUAGUUAUAAAAGUCAUGGACUUUUACCUGAGACAUUUGCUGCUUGUUAGUACGGAUCACUAAUAUAUUCUUGAACAAGACAUCCAAGAAAUUUGUGUGAUUUUGUUGUCAUUUUCAUUGAGAAAUACGGCUA